GCCAGUUUCUUGUUUCUCCAUGCUUCAACUCCUGUCCAAUUACCCGAUCAUCGAACGACAAACAGGAGAUAAUUAUCAUCUUCUUUGAAUAUAUCAAUCGUUUAUAAGCAACCGAAUAGCUAAACCUAUCGUCAUGUCGAGAGCUCCCCCUCCCGGCUACGGUGGUGGCGGUCUCCCCUCAAGAGACCCUCGACCUGGCCAAGGUUACGGCGGCGCUCCUCCUCCUCAGGGUUACGGUGGUGCACCUCAAGGCUAUGGUGCUCCCUCCCAGGGCUAUGGCGCACCUCAAGGAUACGGGGAUCCUCGGGCAGGACAACGUCAACCUCCUCCCCCUCAAAGUGGUGGCCGUCACGAGUCUGGCGGUGGGCGCCCAGUCCAGCUUCGAGUUGAAAAAGUGGCGGACAAGACUUUGCAAGGUCGAUUGAUUUACGGCAACCUUUGUGCUGUAGCCCCAGAAGACUUCCCUUCGGCUCGAGACGGCGAUGCGUACAUUCUAGUUCGAGGUGGCCAACCCGUUGGCGAAUACGUUGUCACAGCCAAAGCUAUCCCAGGCUUCCCCCCAGGAUGCAUUUCCCUGUCUGACCCCCAGCGUCAGUGGUGUGGCAUUACGAUUCGAGAUACCUUUACUGGAGAGACCUAUGAUCCCUUCCGAGCAGGAGGCAAAGCAUACCUGGGCUCUCUGGACGUCGAGAUUGGAUUUGCCUCGCCAAACAAGAAGACAGAAGUCCCCUAUGACGAGGAUGAACUUUCGAAAAUAUUCAUCGACACUUACCAGAACCAAGUCUUAUCUCCCGGUCAGCGCAUUCUCAUGGACGUCCGCAACAUCCCGCUCCUCAUCAUCGUCAAGACUGUAGGCUUGGUAGAUCUGGCCAUGUCGUCCGAUGAUUCGUCUAAGCAAACUUCCCGCGAAUCCCAUUCUCGUGGUAUCUUGACAAACCAGACCCGGGUCUUGUUCCACCGUGACGGCAAGGGUGACUUCAACAUGAAGCCAUCCAUGUCCAAGCCCAACUCCAAUGCCAUUCUGGCCCCCGAUUUCAAGUUUGAAGACAUGGGUAUCGGUGGCCUGGGUGAUGAGUUUUCGACCAUUUUCCGCAGAGCUUUCGCAUCGCGUGUCUUCCCUCCUGGCUUGGUGGCCAAAAUGGGCAUUCCCCACGUUAAAGGAAUGCUCCUCUACGGUCCUCCCGGUACCGGUAAGACGUUGAUUGCUAGACAGAUUGGUAAAAUGCUCAAUGCCAGACCGCCAAAGGUCAUCAACGGUCCGGAGGUCCUUAAUAAGUAUGUCGGUCAGUCAGAAGAGAACAUUCGAAAGAUGUUUGGAGAUGCCGAAAAGGAAUACAAAGAAAAGGGCGACGAGUCUGGCCUGCACAUCAUCAUUUUCGAUGAAUUGGAUGCUGUCUGUAAGCAGCGUGGAUCUGGUGCUGGUGGCGGCACUGGAGUUGGUGACAGUGUUGUUAACCAGCUUCUGUCAAAACUUGACGGUGUCGACCAGUUGAACAAUAUUCUCCUUAUCGGUAUGACUAACCGUAAGGAUAUGAUUGAUGAUGCUCUGUUGCGACCUGGUCGUCUUGAAGUGCAUCUAGAAAUCUCUCUACCCGAUGAGGCUGGACGAUUGGAAAUCAUUAAGAUUCACACGGCCAAGAUGCGAACAAACAACCUUCUAGACCGGGAUGUCAACCCCGAAGAGCUCGCAAGUCUUACCAAGAACUUCUCUGGUGCCGAAAUCAACGGUCUUGUCAAGGCAGCUGCUUCAUUUGCCUUCUCACGUCACACUGAAGUUGGUCAACUCGCUGCUGUCAAGACAGACGUUGCGAGCAUGAAAGUCAACCGUGCUGAUUUCAUGCAUGCCCUUACUGAGGUCCGACCUGCGUAUGGUGUGUCGGAAGCUGAGCUGGAAGAUGCGGUUCGACUGGGUAUCAUUCCGUUUAGCCCUCAUAUUGACUCUACGAUUCGCGAUAUGAUGCGAGUAGUAAGCAUGAUCAAAGAUGACCCCAACAAGUUCAGCACGUCUGUUCUCUUCCACGGUCCCAAGGGCGCUGGUAAGACGGCUCUUGCAGCUCAUAUUGCGAUGCAGUCCGACUUUCCAUUUGUCAAGAUGGUUACCCCGGCAGACCUUGUAGGCUAUAGAGAUGAUUUUGCCAAGAAGGACUAUGUCCACAAGGCAUUUGCGGACGCAUACAAGUCUCCAAGCAGUAUCCUUAUCUUGGAUGACUUUGAGCGUUUGAUUGGAUGGAACCCAAUCGGUCCAAGAUUCUCCAACACCAUGCUGGAGGCUCUUACGACGCUUCUUGUUUCGAAACCGCCACGAGGUCAUCGUCUGUUGAUUUUUGUAACAACAUCAAAGGCCUCUGUGCUAAAGAUGCUCGAAAUUGACAGCGACUUUGCCAAAAAGGUGGCUGUCCCGGCUGUUUCUGGUCUACGAGAGUUGGGUACAGUACUACAAGACUCCCGCUCGUUUAGCGGCGAGGAUAUUAACAGAGUCCUUCGUGAGAUCUCGUCCCGCACUGGAUCUGAAAACGUCGGUGUUGGCAUCAAGACUAUUUUGGAUUGCAUUUUUGAAGCCAAGGCAGGUGGCGAGGACGUUGCUGAAACAUUUACAGAACUUAUGCUUGAGAACAUCACCAUUGAGUAAAAUAAGUUGCUCUGUAUAGGCAUAUAAUAGAAAAUACAACAGUCGCUGCGUAUGACGAGUACUAAUCAGAGAUAUUACACUGGUGAAAUCUACACACACACACACACACAUACACAUACACUCCAAUACAAGGACAUGCUUAUUCGUUCCAAGAAAACCCUGGGCUGUAAGGCGCGGUACGUGCUACGUUGUAGCAGAUUGAUGAAGAAUGGAACGUCGAUUGUGGCGCUGCGAUUGGACAGGGAGCGCCUGAACACAGAUGCAACGUCGACGCCUCCAGCUAGCUACCACCGCUGGAGUGGUUGGAACGAGCACUUUGGCGGUCUACACAGAUAAUCCAAUCGUCGACAGUGGUUGGUAACAGUAGUGGACACAGGUGGUGAUUUGAGAGGGCUAGGCAGUAUGUCUCGGCUCCCUUCCCCCGCGGAUCUACGCCUGGUCUCGUCGAACAAUAGUCUAAAUGCAACGAAUCUGAUAGGUUACGUCGUAGUUGACUCAGACAUCGAGGGAGUGAACCCUACAGAAGCCAAUCAAGCCCCAGAGGCGUUAACUAGAGAAAGAAUUGUAGUAAACUGGACUGGCGCAGAGAUGAGCCUGUUGAGAACGAGGCGGUUUUCCGAGGAGUCAAAGCGAAGCGAAGUCCCUUUGCCACUUGGGAGGAUUCAGCACCAUAGGGCACAGGCUGGGUGUGUCCUAGUGACGUGCGCCUCUUUUUUUGUUUUCUUUUGUC